AUGGUCAAUGUGGUAGCUCCCACCUUUUCCAAUGAAAUCAUGCAAAAUCAAAGCUUUGUAACCGAGUUUGUUCUCUUGGGGCUUUCACAGAAUCCAAAUGUUCAAAAACUAGGAUUUGUUGUAUGUUUGUUCUGCUACAUUGCAACCCUUGGAGGCAAUUUGCUAACCGUAGAGACUAUCAUCAGCAUUCCGGCACUCCGGGACUCCCCCAUGUACUACUUUCUGGCCUUCCUGUCCUUCCUGGAUGCAUGCUAUUCGUCUGCAUUCACCCCAAAGAUGAUUGUAGACUCCCUUUAUGAAAGGAAAACCAUCUCCUUCAAGGGCUGCAUGACCCAGCUUUUUGCUGAACACUUCUUUGGUGGAGUAGAGGUGAUUGUCCUCACCACGAUGGCCUUUGACCGGUAUGUGGCCAUUUGUAAGCCUUUGCACUACCCCUCUAUCAUGAACUGGAGGCUCUGUGGCAUUCUGAUGGGGGUAGCCUGGACAGGGGGCUUCUUGCAUUCUGUGAUACAAAUUCUCUUUACUCUCCAGCUGCCCUUCUGUGGUCCCAAUGUUAUCGAUCACUUCCUUUGUGAUUUGUACCAAUUGUUGAAGUUUGCCUGCACUGACACUCACAUCUUUGGACUUUUGGUUGUGGCCAAUAGUGGGUUUAUCUGCAUCUUAAUCUUCUCCUUGUUGCUUAUCUCCUAUUGUGUCAUCUUGUUCUCACUGAGAACUCAUAGCACUGAAGGUCGACGGAAAGCUUUAGCCACAUGUGGAUCUCACAUUACUGUAGUGGUUUUGUUCUUUGUCCCGUGCAUAAUUGUGUAUGCACGACCUCCAUCUGCUUUCUCCUUUGACAAGAUGGUGGCCUUAGUUUAUACCAUCAUAACUCCAUCGCUCAAUCCUUUGAUUUACACUUUGAGGAAUAAGGAAGUGAAAAAUGCCAUGAAGAAGUUUUGGACAAGAUUGUCAGUGGUUUCUGAUGAAAAAUAA